AUGAUGCAUGAUGAUAUAAAGAAACUUUUAUAUGAUUUAUACGGGUUAACUGUUUCAGAAAUAAAACAAUUUGUUAGUUAUUACGAUAAAAACUUUUUAAUACGAACAAGACAACUUGAAGAAUCAAAAGAAUACUUGUUGAAAAUUCAUAAAUCAAAUUCGAUAGUACAGUACGAAGCAGAAACAAAAUUAUUAGAACAUUUAAGAGAUAAAAAUGUUGCAGCACCUAUUCCAGUUAAAACACUUGAUAGCAAAUGGUUUCAUGUAUUAUCCAUUUCUGAUAGUGAAACAUAUAUAAUCAGAUUAUUUAUCUAUAUUCCAGGUACUAUUCUUUUUAAUUGUGGUCAAUACACACGAAAUUUACUGAAAUUACUUGGUGAUUAUGUCGGUAAAAUUGAUGUCGCCUUGAAAACAUUUCAUCAUUCAUUUUAUGAUGAUUAUAUUCACGAUUGGUCAUUGUUAUCUUUUAAAAAUAUAACACACGAACAAUUACUGACGAUUGAUAAUCUCGAAUAUCGAAAUAUUGUUAAAAUGAUUCAAAAACAAUUUCAAACCGAUAUAGUAGACAAAAAACAUUUAUUUCAAUAUGGUCAAAUUCAUGGUGAUAUUAAUGAUCAAAAUAUUAUUAUUAAUGAUACAAACGAUAUGAUAAUAGCUAUUAUUGAUUAUGGUGAUUCUCAUCGUAGUUACUAUAUAUUUGAGUUAGCUAUUACUAUUUUAUAUGUAUUAUUAUUCGAUGAGAAUACAAUUGAGGAUUUAUCAUAUGGUACACAUGUUUUGAAAGGUUACACGAAAUAUAUUCAGUUUAAUCAAGAUGAACUGAAGGUAUUACCCAUUUGUAUUAAAGCAAGAUUGUGUCAAUCAUUAAUAAAUGGACUUAGAGCAUAUAAAUUAGAUCCAACCAAUACAUAUGUGAUGACAACACAAAAAUUAGGAUGGAAAUUUUUAAUGAAACUAACAAUGAUGUCAAAUGAUGAAAUAAUGGAACAAUUUUUACACGAAAGUUCUUUAAAUAGUACAUCUGAUACAAAAACAUUAAUUUCAACUAAAAAUAUCUGUUAA